GUCGGUCCAGUCCUCGUUGAGAGCCGCUCAGCUCUCUGAUAGUUUUGCUUCCAGCGUGUUGCUCAGCCAUGAGAGCCGCCGGGCCUGGAGCGCAGUGACCGACCCCGGAGGACUGUCCUCAGGCCGCUGCGGACGCUGGGCAGGUGAGCUCCACACCCCCCUCAGCCUGCUGGCUGGCUCCUGCCAGCACCUGCCAGUGAUGUCCAGGCAGUAGAGACAGACUCCGCCCCCCUCCCACCAUGGACUCCAAGAAGCCGGGCGUGCUGCGCCAGCUGCGCCACAAGAUGCUGCCGCGCCUGCGGCGUGGAAAGGCGAGCUCAGCGAAGUCCGCCGUCCCCACGGAGCACGCCUUGGACCAGCGCAUGAGCGCCUCCGUCCCCGACAUGAGGGACAUGAGGCAGGAGUACGCCCGGGGGUCCUCCGGCACACGACGCGCCGCGCCCGGCUCCAGCACGCCCACCACGCCGCCGGCCGAGGUGGAUGGUCACCGGGGAGGCGGCGGGCGGGCCGUCGUCCCGGGAGGCGUCCGAGGCGCCGCCCAGAGGACUGAAAACAGACUGAGCGUGCCCACGGACACCUGGGACUGGGCGUCCUCGCAGGAGUCCUUCGGCACUGCAGAGGAGCAGACGCACCGCAGGCCGGAGGGAGGCAUGGAGCCCGAGGAGCUGGGCCUGCCCGAGAUCAUGACCCUCUGCACCCCGGAGCCCCCGGCCGAGGAGCCCCCGCCCGAGGAGCCCCCGCCCGAGGAGCCACCGCAGAGUGAGAUGGGUAACGCGGCUCUGGGUGCGUCGGAACCCAGCCAAGACCUGAGCCGCUCCUUCUUGCUGACGGUCAACCUGAAGGAAGGACGCAACCUGGUCAUCAGGGACCGCUGCGGAACCAGCGACCCGUAUGUGAAGUUCAAACUGGACGGGAAAACAUUUUACAAAAGCAAAGUGGUGUACAAAAACCUGAACCCUGCCUGGAAUGAGACCUUCUCCCUGCCGGUGAAGGAUCUGAACCAGAAGCUGUACAUCAAGGUGUACGACCGCGACCUGACCACCGACGACUUCAUGGGCUCCGCCAGCGUCCUGCUGUCCGACCUGGAGCUCCACAAGGUCACCGAGCUGUCCCUGGCCCUGGACGACCCCAACAGCCUGGAGGAGGACAUGGGCGUGGUGCUGCUGGACUUGAGUCUGUCCCUCAGAGGCAGUGACAGCAAGAGAGCCCAUAGGUGGCCCCAGAUACGAAAACGAAGCGUUAGGUCAGGAGGCACGUCUCAGAGCGUCCGUCUGUCCGACGCCGUGAGGAAGAGCCAGCUGUGGAGCUCGCUGGUGUCGGUGACCCUGGUGGAGGGUCAGGACCUGCCGCUGGACAACCCCGCCGGCGACUUCUUCGUCCGCUUCGCGCUGGGAGAGCAGCGAUACAAGAGCAAGAAUCACUGCAAAGUCAGCAACCCUCAGUGGAGGGAGCGCUUCACCCUGAACCAGUUCCUGGACCGAUCCCGGGUCCUGGAGGUGGAGCUGUGGUCUAAAGAAGGGAGGAGGAAUGAGGAGUGCAUGGGAACGUGUGAAGUGGACCUGUCCGGCGUCCCUGUCAAUCAGAGGCAGCUGGUCACACACACCCUGACCCCGGGCAGAGGGAGUCUGCUGUUCCUGCUCACAGUGAGCUCCUGCAGCAGCGUCUCCAUCUCCGACCUGAGCGCCGCGCCGCUCGACGACCCCCAGGAGCUGCAGAACCAGCAGCAGAACUACAGCUUGAGGCGGUCUUUGGAGAACCUGCAGGAUGUGGGAUUCCUUCAGAUCAAAGUGAUCAGAGCUGCAGACCUGCUGGCUGCUGAUCUGAACGGAAAGAGUGACCCGUUCUGCGUCCUGGAGCUGGCCAACAACCGCCUGCAGACCCACACGGUCUACAAGAGCCUGAACCCGGAGUGGAACCAGGUCUUCACCCUCCCCGUCAGAGACGUCCACGACGCUCUGCUGGUGACGCUCUUCGAUGAGGACGGAGACAAGGCGCCAGACUUCCUGGGAAAAGUCGCCAUCCCUCUGCUGUCGAUCCGCAGGGGACAGCAGAUCACCUUCCCGCUGAGGAAAGAGGACUUGGGUAGGCUGACGAAGGGCAGCAUCACUCUGGAGCUGGAGGUUAUUUUUAACCCUGUCAGAGCCGGUCUGAGAACCUUCCAGCCCCGCGAGUGCAGGUUUGUGGAGGACAAUCCCAAAUUCUCCAAAAAGGCCCUGGCCAGGAACGUGCUGCGCGUCCAGACGCUGUACCGAGCCGUCACGGCCACUCUGCAGUACGUCAAGAGCUGCUUCCAGUGGGAGAGCGUCCAGAGGAGCCUGCUGGCCUUCCUGGUGUUUCUAGUCACCGUGUGGCACUUUGAGUUUUACAUGCUGCCCUUCUCGCUGGCGCUGCUCCUCUCCUGGAACUACCUGCAGAUCAGCUCUGGACGCGUCAGCCCCGACGUGGACAGCAUGGACUUGGCGGAUGAGGACGAGGAUGAUGAGAAGGAAUCGGAGAGGAGAGGGCUGAUCGAGAAGAUCCACAUGAUCCAGGACACCAUCCUCACGCUGCAGAACCUGCUGGACGAGAUCGCCUGCUUCGGGGAGAGGAUCAAAAACACCUUCAACUGGUCCGUGCCGUUCCUGUCGGGCCUGGCCCUGCUGGUCUUCCUCUCGGCGGCCGUCCUCACGUACUACAUCCCGGUUCGCUACGUGGUGCUGCUGUGGGGCAUCAAUAAAUUCACCAAGAAAUUACGGAACCCGUACAGCAUCGACAACAAUGAGGUGCUUGAUUUCCUGUCGAGGGUGCCUUCAGAUGUGCAGAAGGUUCAGUUCUCUGAGCUCAGAAGCAGCAGGAAGAAGAAGAUCUCAUAGGAGAAGGUCUUCCUGAGCGGCUGGAGGAGGAAGCUGCUCUUCACACAUGAACUGUCUAUCAACCUCGACCCUCGGCUGGUUAACCGGCUCCUCGGCUGGUUAACCCGCUGCUCGGCUGGUUAACCCGCUCCUCGGCUGGUUAACCGGCUCCUCGGCUGGUUAACCGGCUCCUCGGCUGGUUAACCCGCUCCUCGGCUGGUUAACCGGCUCCUCGGCUGGUUAACCCGCUGCUCGGCUGGUUAACCGGCUCCUCGACACCUUAACAAAUUUUAGUUUUCUUCCUCUAAAUGUCGUCCGUUGUGUGUGUUUGUAGUUUUACUGUUCUUAUACGUAUGAAGAUUUUUAUACUCCACGGUUUAUUGCUCGACGCAUUAAAAGAUGAGAUGUUCGUCCCUGGGCUUAAAGCCGUGUCCCUGUUGUUUCCAUGACUUUAACUCCAGCUCAGUCUCAUUGGAAGGAAAGCUUUACUAAACAGGAGUAAAGCCAGAAGUGCUCAUGUCUCCCUUUGAUCAGAGGUAGCUGAUCCACGCUCCUCAGUGAUGUCAGAGUGGGGGGUUGGGGGGUUGACGGUCAUUAAUGAAGAGUGCGUCCUUCAUUUCUAAGGCCAAUCAAUGUGGCAGUGUGGCUCUUCUUCUCUGAGCCUUGAUGUUGUUCCCAGCUCCACUCUCCUCAUUAGGCCCCCGGCCCCCCCCCGGCCCCCCACGGCCCCCACCAGGCUGACGGGCACUGGCCAGCCCUCUGCGACCUGCUAUCAGCUGCUGUGAAGAGACGCUGCCCGCGGCCAGCAUCCAGCAAGACUGUCCACCAGCAGCCUCCUGACCAGGGCGGCCAGAGGAAGGACAGUCCACCUCCUUCUGUCUUCAGCCGGUUCCAGUCCUGCCUCAGUGGGUGUAGCCGACCGGGGACGGUCCUGAUGGAGUCAUUUGCUGAAAUGCAGAACUGUCUGCAGCACAGAUGCUGUGGAGAACACACACUAACCUGCAUUUCUCUCUUCUAGGUAUAAUGUUGACUUCAGUAUGCAAUAUUAAUAACUUGCUGUCAAGGACGCCGCAAGGACGUCUAGUCUGACGCUUAUAGGCCGCCAUGAAUAUGUAUAGACGACGAGUGGCUCCAGAAUUACCAAGUCAAAUCUGGGUUCACACGUGGGAGCCAGUGCGAUAUGGCACGUGCAUCACGGCGAGCGCCGGUCGGCCCGCCGCUCUCUGUGGACUGGUUAGAACCCUGGAGCCGCUCGGAGAGCCCUAUCGAUGCGAAUGUCUUUGAGUCGCAAACUGAACGUGGAGUCGGGAAGCUCCGGGUUUAAUGACCGAAAAGCCCCGUGGCUGGGAUUCAACCCACUGCUCUGUCAAAUAUUCCGCUGAACACAUCGUUGAUCUCAGCGGCAGCAGCCGGAGGAUGAUCACUGCUUUUAUCAGCUUCACUUCUCAGACUCGGACUGUCGUGUUCUCUGUUGCAGUGUUUCCUUAACAAAACAGCGAACAUGUUUCAGUGAUGCACGAGAAGGAAGGACGCCUGUCUGUCUGGCUGUCAAACGACGUGCAGUUCUAUCUUACCGGGAAGCUGAUCAUAAAUGAUGCCCUGUUCGAACGGAGCUGAGUAAAUAAGGAGAAAUGAGCUUUUAAUGGUGAAACUUUUCAAACAGAGAAUCUAACAAACACAAGAUGCAGAGAGAUGAUGCCUGUUUGAUGAAGGGUGAACGUGAGGUGCUGAUUGGCUCCAGUGUGCUGCUGCUUCAUCCAAACCGGACCGAAAGCGGCCGGUCCCGCCUCGCCUCUCCUCCGGUUCCUCCUUCAUCUCCGGCGCCUCAGACCGUCCAGCUGCUGAAGUGUUUUCAGCAAACCAGAGCAGCUCAGGCCGGACCUGAGCUGAAGCAGAGAGUUUGACCGAGUUAAAAGAAGAGACGGGGUCUGUGUCUUUGGGACUGGGACAUGAUGGACCACAAUGUUCUUUUGAAGCUCAAUUCCUCUGAGGAGAGCUGGCAGCAUCUCCGGUCGAUUAGCAGGAGAUCCUUGUUGCUUUUCUAAACCUAGAUCUUUAUGUAUGAGGCAUUUUACAUGUAUUUUUCUCCUUCAGACUAAAGGAGCUGAAGUCUUGGUUGUUUUUUGGCUGUUGGAAUGCAUGGAAUGCAUCUGUUCUUUUCAGAGGUUCAAAUGAAAUUCUACAGGAAAUAAAUA